UUCCUUACCCGGGCUAACUUGAUCAAUGCGGAGUCUGGUUGAAGGGGUUUGUUCCCGGUUCCUUGUUGUAAACCGUUUCCCCGCCUGAGUCCUACUCUUUCCGUCACGUAGCUCAUCAGAUACAACCGGAGGGAACCACCGGAGCCCGUAUGUUUGGAUAAACUUGUUCAGAUAGACUUUGUGUAAAUAUUCGGGGCGUUUCAUCUCAGACUCUCCGUUAGCCAAGAAUGCUAACGGAAGUUAGCGUAGCGUGCUAGCUGGAAAUAGACGGAGACUGAACUCGGCCACACAGAGUAGGUCGGAGAGACUAUUGGAUAGAGACCAAACUGUAUGUUUCAUGGACCCACAAUGUCCAGAUAAACCUGUCUGAAUGGACUCUGUGCUGUUCCCUUUAUUUGAAAAACGUCUGAAUUAUCUCCUGGUGUCCUGCGAAGCUAAGGAAGUUAGCUUGCUAGCUGGAAGUACACGGACCCGAACGCAACUUUACAGCGCACUUCAGAGGGAGCAAACGGAUUUUAACGGAGUCUGUCUGAAGGAAACGUGUCUGUGAUUUAGUAGAAAUGUCUAAAGUCCAAAUGCUGAGAGCUUUUGUGAACCAGCGACUAACUGCGGCUGCUGAAGAGAUAUUUGGGCUGUUUGAAAGAACGAUAGCAGAGUACGAGGAGGAACUUGAGUUCAGUUCAAAAGAGAAGAACCGACAACAGAAACUACUGGACGCUGUUUUAAACCCUGAAGUCCGGUUACACAGAUCAGACGUCCAGCAGCUGUCGGUGGUUAAAGCAGAGGUUCCCCCUGAGCAGCAGGAGUGGAGCUCCAGUCUGGACCAGGAGGACCCAGAGCCCCCCCCACACAUUAAAGAGGAACAGGAGGAACUCUGGACCAGUCAGGAGGGAGAGCAGCUUCAAGGGCUGGAGGAGGCUGAUAUCAAGUUCCCGUUCACUUCUGUCCCUGUGAAGAGUGAAGAAGAUGAUGAAGAGAAAGCUCAGUCCUCACAGCUUCAUGAAAGCCAAACUGAGGAGAACAGAGAGGCAGAGAGAACAGAAGCUGAUGGAGAGGACUGUGGAGGACCAGAACCAGCCAGGAACUCAGAUCCAGAUAGUCCUUUACAACCAGCUACUCAUGACAAGACUGCAGACUACUCUGAAUCUGAAUCUGAGACUAAUGACAGUACAGACUGGGGGGAGACUAGGGAACCUCAGUCAGGUUUAAACCCUCUGAAAAACAAUGAAGUAGCUGUAAGUGAUGUGGAAUGUAAUACUGGAAACACAUCAGUUAGCUCCUCUGAAUGUGCUGGAAGCUUUGGCCACAAGAAACCUCUGCAGAAACACUCUGGAGUCCAAACAGGAGGGAAACCAUUUUGUUGCUCAGUUUGUGGUAAAAGAUACCUUCUGAAGAACUCCUUAACGACUCACAUGAGACUUCAUUCAGAAGAAAAACGUUUGACCUGCUCAGUGUGUGAACUAGUUUUCAGUAGCAAAGGCAAUUUGGUUAUACACAUGAGAAUCCACACAGGGGAGAAACCAUUUAGUUGCCCAUUUUGUAGUAAAACAUUUGCACAAAAGGGAAAUCUGAGAAAACACUUGACAGUCCACACAGAUGUCCCGCAGCUGUUGGUGGAUAAAGAUUGGGUUCCCCCUGAGCAGCAGGAGUGGAGCUCCAGUCUGGACCAGGAGGACCCAGAGCCCCCCCCACACAUUAAAGAGGAACAGGAGGAACUCUGGACCAGUCAGGAGGGAGAGCAGCUUCAAGGGCUGGAGGAGGCUGAUAUCAAGUUCCCGUUAACUUCUGUCCCUGUGAAGAGUGAAGAAGAUGAUGAAGAGAAAGCUCAGUCCUCACAGCUUCAUGGAAGCCAAACUGAGGAGAACAGAGAGGCAGAGAGAACAGAAGCUGAUGGAGAGGACUGUGGAGGACCAGAACCAGCCAGGAACUCAGAUCCAGAUAGUCCUUUACAACCAGCUACUCAUGACAAGACUGCAGACUCCUCCUCUGAAACAGAAGUAAAACCAUUUUGUUGCUCAUUUUGUGGUAAAAGAUACCCUCUGAAGUCAUCCUUAACAAGUCACAUGAUACUUCAUUCAGAAGAAAAACGUUUCACCUGCCCAGUGUGUGAACUAGUUUUCAGUAGCAAAGGCAAUUUGGUUAUACACAUGAGAAUCCACACAGGGGAGAAACCAUUUAGUUGCCCAUUUUGUAAUAAAAGAUUUGCACAAAAGGGAAAUCUGAGAAAACACAUGACUCUCCACACAGGGGAUAAACCAUUUAGUUGUUCAGUUUGUGGUAAAAGUUUUGCACAAAAGGAAACUCUGAAAAAACACUUGAUUGUCCACACCGGGGACAAAUCAUUUAGUUGUUCAGUUUGUGGUAAAAGUUUUGCGCUAAAGCAAAAUCUGAAACAGCACUUGACUGUCCACACCGGGGAGAAACCAUUUAAUUGUUCAUUUUGUGGUAAGAGUUUCACACAAAACCGAAAUCUGAAAAGACAUUUGACUGUCCACACGGGGGAAGAACCAGUUACUUCCAGCGUUUGAACGUGUUGGAGAUUGUGGUGUAAUGGACCAUAGUUGAUCCAUAUGGACCAACAGUCACAAUUCAGAAUGCACGUGAAUCGCGGAUUAAUUGCAAAGUUUAACCAUAAUAAUACUGUGAAUUUUUUUUCUUUACUGUCCCUGUUGAUUAAAGUAGGCUGAUACAUCUCUA